AUGAAGCUUUACGAUAUUUUUAAAAUAAAAGAAUUAUUGCUAUUCUUUAAACAAUUGUCCUUUAUUUUAUUUAAACUUCCUGGUAUUGCAAUAAUAAUUCGGCUCAUCAAAAAGUUUGCAGAUCUAUUACCUUCUGAUAAUUACAAUUCUACAAGGCUCUAUAGUCCUUAUUUAUUAUACCCUGUCGUAUUUGAUUGGACUUUGAAGGAUUUUCAAGAAAUAUAUAAUAAUUCUAAUUCUACAAGAAGUGGAUUAUUCGUUUUACCACCUACUGAUAGCAUUAAAAAUAUUUCCAGUAAAUCACAACCUAUUCAUCGUUGGCGUAUCUAUCUCAAGACUCAUCAAAAUCAAAAACAAACAUAUAUAUCUUUAUUUUUGGAAGCAAAUAAGACAAAGUUCGAACAAACCCAUGGAUUACAAGCUAGAAUUGCAAAGUGGAAGUUCGAAAUGUUCCGCAUAAUCGAUGCAAAAAAUAUAAAAAAAUGUGCAGAAAAAGUUGCUGAACAUGAAUUUCAACUAUCUUCUAGAAAUCCUAACUGGGGUUGGUCCGAAUUUUGUGAAUUAAACGUUAUAUUUCCUAAUGGUACAGUUUCAGAGAAAACUGAUUUACUGAUUCGUAUUCACUUCUUUGAUCCCUAUGAAAAUGCUCCUGUAAUUCACCCCAUGUCAUUGUUAUCACGAUCUCUGGAAGAUUAUUUUAACAAUGAAGCUUUUAGUGACAUUACUUUCACUUUUAAUUGUGGUUCGAAGCUUUAUGCUUCUCGACUUGUUCUUACACUUCGUUCUCCUUUUUACAAAGCUAUGUUCUCUGGGAGUUGGGUGGAAACUACUACUUCUACUAUCCACGUCCAAGAUGCAAGCUUUGAAUGUUUUCAUGCUAUGUUUUAUUUUUUAUACACUAACAAACUUCAGGAGGGUUUGUCUUUUACUAUCUUGAAAGAACUAUAUUAUGAAGCUGACAUGCGUGAUAUGGUGGAUUUGGCUAAGCUUGUGGUAUUUAAGGUUGCUGGAAUGAUAAAUAGUGAAAAUUUCGAUGAUGUAUUUAUGAUGGCUUAUCAAACUGAAAAUAUUUGGUUGAGAGCCAAAGUUAUAAAUUUUGUUUUUUCACAUUUUGAUGAUUUGUGGACUUGCGAAGGAAUAAAGCGGAUUAUAGAAACUGGAAAUGUUCCAGAUAUUUCAAAGAUGUUAGAAAAAAGAUUUUUAUUGAUCAAAAAUCAUAAUUAA